AUGGGAGAAUUAAUAGCACCUGGAAUCAUGUAUUGUAAUGCUUGCCUAGGUUCAACUGAUCCUCAAUAUCAGACAUAUAACCUGACAGUUUCGGGUGUUCUACUAGCCAUCGUAGGCACCAUCGGCUUAGUUUCCAACUUUCUUGUUGUACGAGUAUAUACUCACAAGGAUCAUCGGAUACAUUCAACUUCAAUUUACCUAGCAGCUUUAGCUUUCUCUGACUUCUUCCUCAUACUAACAGCAAUGUUUUUAUUUGUGUUGGAAGCUUGGCGACAUCACAAUUAUCCAACUCUUGCUUGGCUAUACGUUAUUGGAGCUCCGUUCAUAUUCCCCAUAGCUGCUGUAUUCCAAACAUCCUCCGUGUAUUUCUGUGUAGCAGCGGCGGUGGAUUGCUUCAUCUCUGUCGUUCUGCCGGAUUCUGUACGUCAACUGUACUGCACACCAAAGCGAGCCAAAGUCACAUGCACAUGUAUCAUGAUAUUCUGUAUCUUAUACAACAUCCCUCAUGUCCUCGAGCUUGACAAAGUUGAUUGUAUUGGAAAUGAUGGAAAACUCAGCGCCCAAAUUUGUCCGUCAGAUAUCAGGCUGGACCCGGCUUAUUAUGCAAUUUAUUAUACUUAUAUGUAUACAACUUUCCUGGCUAUAGGACCACUCCUGCUGUUAAUCCUCUUGAACAUAUGUGUGGUUUUCACUGUCCUUACCAAAAAAUCAGACGGGGGAAGAGUUGAUUCCGACACAAUUAGUCUCAUUCUUGUCGUUUUCUUCUUUAUUUUCUGCAACUUCACUGCCCUACUUGUGAAUUUUAUGGAAAUUAUACUGAAUGAUCCGAACAUUCUUGUAUAUUUUGUGGAUUUGUCGAAUUUGUUAGUUGUUAUCAAUGGUACAUGCAACUUCUAUUGUUAUUUAAUAUUUGGCGCUAGUUUCCGGAAAACAUUAAAAGAAAUUUUAUGUGAAAAAAACGAGAAGUCACCCAAAUUCAUUUGGGAUCGCUCAGGUGGAUCAAAAAUUCCAGAAAACCAUACAUUGUUAUGA